AUGAUCGCUGUUAACACGUUCGUCAGGACCUCGACGACGGAGGACGAUGGGGCCGACCAAAUUGGUUAUGAUACCCCUCGAUCCGGUGUGGCCACGCCUCAGCCGGAUCUCCACGACAAGCGAUUGCCGGGCAUCAUGAGCUACUUUGGCCAGGUUCGUUGCACCUACUCUUCGCACUAUUCUUUAAGUCGCCCCUCUCUACCCCGAGCGCCGGAGACUGAGUCGACGCACCCUGCCUCUCCCCAGGAAGAGAAGGAUCUAAGCACCGUCCCUCACCACCGACUAUCGAGUCUGGAAUCGGAUCUGAGCAAGGACCUCAAGCCAGAAUCUUCGCCUCUCCUUGCACAUGAGAGGACCGAACCCUUGGCGUGUGUGCAGGCCUCGCGGCAGUCGCCAUCCGAUAUCUAUCUCUACCCUACGCCUCCCCGUUCCCAGACACCAUCAGAAAGGGGAGCCAAGCUGUCUGACGCCAGCGGCGAUUCGGAAGCGGCCGCUAGCGGCCAGUCGAGUCGAUCUUCUCUGAACAACAAAAAGGCUACCUCAGAUCUCCCACAAUUCAAAGCUCGGAGGGCCACCUUGGCGGCCCCCCUCAUGAGCAUAGUCACUACAUCUAGCGUUCUCGCCAGUCAUCUGUCCAUCCCCGGCAGUCGUGCCUCUACAACCACACCCAGUUCCCCCUCGGACUCUCAACCCCUCUUUGGCGAUGCUCGUAGUUUUCACUCUACGUCCGCGUCGAUUGAUCGACUCAGGAAGCUAACUGAUAUUGGUUCGAGAAAGAGCGGCCCGUCGACGCCCACUCGAACGCUCUCGGCCGCCCAACCGUCCCAGCAUAGCGAAAGAUCACCGUCAAAACUGAGCGGGGACGGCUCGGAUACGGGUGGUGCGCAAACGCCCGUCUCGUCCCAGACCGGAGGUGCGCAGGCGCCGCCGCAGCGGGGCAAGCUCACCGUCAAGAUCCUAGAGGCGCGAGGACUGCGAAAGAGCCGUGACCCUUACGUCGUUGCCGUGUUCCAGAGGAACGAGUUGAUCUCGCACGGUCCGCAAACAUUCGAGGACGAGGACGAGCCCGCGGCACAGCCCGUUGCCAUGGGUGGAAUCGCCAUACAGCGCCAGGGCAGCGAUUCGGGCCGCCCGAUGGCGAUACCCAUGCGCAGUCGCCAAAGCAGUAACACGAGCGUCACGGACUACAAUACCUUCCGCAAUCGCCCGCGAAGGUCAUUUACGAGUCCCAAGUGGGACGCCGAAGCAGUAUUUGAUGUUGUUGAUUCAGACAUGCUAGUUGACAUCUCGGUUUACGAUCACGGCACGCAAGGAGAGGAGUUUUUGGGCCACGUGGACUUCCAAGCGACCGCCCCUGGCAAAGACGAGCCAGUCCGAGGCUGGUUCUCCCUGAGGGGAAAUGCCGACACGACGCCCGACAAGACCCCGACCGGCGAGAUAUUUGUUGAAGCCGUCUACCAGAAGACGGAGAAGAAGCACUACGGCCCGGACGAUUUCCAAAUUCUACGUUUAAUCGGCAAGGGCACGUUUGGUCAAGUUUACCAAGUUCGUAAGAAGGACACCGGUCGCAUCUACGCCAUGAAGGUACUGUCGAAGAAGGUCAUCGUUCAGAAGAAAGAGGUGGCGCACACGGUCGGCGAGCGGAACAUCCUCGUCCGGACAGCCAUGUCGGAGUCGCCAUUCAUCGUCGGCCUAAAGUUCUCUUUCCAGACCCAGAACGACCUUUUCCUCGUGACCGACUACAUGUCCGGCGGUGAGCUCUUUUGGCAUCUUCAGAAGGAGGGCCGGUUCGACGAAAAGCGAGCCAAGUUCUACAUCGCAGAGCUCAUCCUAGCCAUCCAGCAUCUACAUCACAACGACAUCGUCUACCGCGACUUGAAGCCAGAGAAUAUCCUGCUCGACGCGAACGGCCACAUCGCCCUCUGCGACUUCGGCUUGUCCAAGGCGAACUUGACCCAGAACGACACCACGAAUACGUUUUGCGGGACUACGGAGUAUCUAGCCCCGGAGGUCUUGCUAGAUGAGGCUGGCUAUACCAAGAUGGUGGAUUUCUGGUCCCUCGGCGUCCUCGUAUUCGAGAUGUGCUGUGGGUGGAGCCCGUUCUACGCGGAGGAUACGCAGCAGAUGUACAAGAACAUAGCCUUCGGCAAGGUCCGAUUUCCGCGAGACACGCUAUCGCAGGAAGGGAGGAACUUUGUCAAGGGCCUACUUAACAGGAACCCGAAACACCGACUAGGCGCCAUCGACGACGCGGAAGAGUUGAAGCGCCACGCCUUCUUCUUGGACGUAGACUGGGACAUUCUAUCGAAGAAGCUCAUCACACCUCCUUUCAAACCCAAGUUGAAGUCCGAGACGGACGUUUCCUACUUCGACCCGGAAUUCACGAACGCGUUGACCACGAACGGUUCCUUGAACGAGCGCGCGCAGCAGCUGGCGGCCGGAUUCGCCACGUCGACGCCGUUAUCUCCAACGACGCAGGCCAAUUUCCACGGUUUCACUUUCGUCGACGAAAGUUCGCUAGAUGAUCACAUGAAGGGAAGGUAUGCUGACGAGGAUAUGGACGACAUAGAUCGUCGAGACAGCGAGUGGGACGAUCUCGAGGACCUCGAUCUCCAGAGGGCAAAUAGGAUGAGCGGCAUCGUCCGGACGAGCACUAAUGAGGAGGCGUUUGGUGAUUCCCAUUUCGACAUAUGA